CCCGCACCUCCUCCUGGCAGCGGCGGACGCUCCGCCGCGAUGUGUCGCUCGCGCGGCCGUCAGCGACGAGUUGUAGCCGGCGGUCCUUCUCCGCGGCCCCCUUCGCGCCGCCGUCGCGUUCUCCUCCGCGCAGGCGUCGACAUGUCGUCCUCGUCGUCGUCGAGCUUGCUUGCAACAUGGCGCGCCCAUGGUGCUCGCCCAUUUGCUCGCAAGAGUUCCUCAUAUGAUUCAUCGGAUGACGAGUUCGACCAAGAAGAAGAGGAGAACAUAUCGAUACUAUUAGCAUACCGCGCCGUUAAGAGGCCAAAAUUUGGUGGAUCGGUGUUCGGUAGACAGAAGUUGUGGAGAGAAAGGAUUGAAGGGCAUGAGAAGUUGUGGAGGAAUGCCGCCGGAGAACUUGGCCAUAGCACAUAUCAAAAGGUGACCGCCGCCUUGCGUAUGUUGGCAUAUGGUAUACCGGCGGAUCUUAUUGAUGAUCAUUUGGCCAUGGGAGAGAGCACUUCUAUCUUGUGUGUGAAGCGCUUUGUCGUUGCAAUUGUCAAUGUCUUUGGCUCCACAUACUUGAGAGCCCCCAAUGCUCAAGACACGGCAAGGCUUUUGGAGAUCAACGCCAACCGGGGAUUUCCCGGUAUGCUUGGUUCCAUUGAUUGUAUGCAUUGGAGUUGGAAGAAUUGUCCAGCGGCAUGGCAUGGACAAUUCAAAGGCUACAAGAAGGAUGCCACCAUAGUACUUGAAGCGGUGGCCGACCAAGAGACUUGGAUAUGGCAUGCUUUCUUUGGAAUGCCCGGAUCUUGCAAUGACAUCAAUGUUCUUCAACGGUCACCACUAAUGACAAGACUUGCAAUGCGGGAAGGUCCAUUGGUGGAGUUUGAAGCAAAUGGCCACAAGUACAACUAUGGCUACUUCCUCGCCGACGGCAUAUAUCCAAGGUGGCAAACAUUUGUGAAGCCAAUUAUUCAACCAAGAGCCGUCUCCGUCUCGCCACGCCACCGUGUGAGCCUCGGCGAUGCUGACGAUUGGGCGUCGCACGGCAAACGUCUCCAACGCAGAGCUCAAUCUCUAGGCGUGUCCGUUGGGAAGGUGCGAGCUGUGCUCGUGCUCACCGCUCACGUGGAGUGGUCGCGUCUGCAGCUUAUCUUACUCAUCGUUUCGUUGCACGCGACGAUACACGCGAAAUCAUUGUGUGCGUGA